AUGUCAGUCUGGCUUACUGUCGGAUACGCUUUGACCCGGACGGCUGGGGCCGUUGACGGCCCCCUGCUUGCGGAUGACAUGCCUGACUGGUACCUCGACCUGGCGGCUGAUGCUAUGCAACUUGUGAGGCGCGGGGCUGACUACAGCGACAUGAUCACCCAGCUGAGGGGAGGGCUCGCCGGGACCUUCUCGCAAGAGGCCCAGGAUGGAGUUUCGCCUUACGUACAGGGCCUGGCACGGGACCUGAGUGACGAGGGCGACAUGUACUGGGAUCCGCAGGAGGAGGAACAACAGCUGCGAGAGGCAGCUCAACAGUGGGUCGUUCAGGCCCUGAACGAGCUGCGUACCUUUUGGGGCGAUCGGCAGCGCACAGGCCGCCAGCGCAGAGACGACAGAUCCAGAAGCCGAACACGCCAGGGAGACUGUGAGGAGGGAGAGGACGCUGCGGCCUUCAUGGAGACGAGGAGGGAGCGCAGUCGUGCUAGAGAUGACUCCCGGCCGCCCACAAGAGCGAGAGCAGAUGACCGAGGGCGAGGAGAAAGGCUCUCGGGGGUUAACCCCAGAUGGCUUCAUCGAGGUCGUGACCGUGACCCAGGGACACGUCAUGGUACUGCCACGGAACGCCCAGAGCCGGCCAGAAGAUCGCGCACCUGUGUUACCGAGGAAGUGCGGAGGCUGGUGCCAAGGGCUGGGGGCGGAACACACGCCAGCGAGGCUGCGGCAUCGAGUGCGCCUUCGAAUACCUCCUCUAGACCGAUGCCGCCGGAGCGACUGGAAGAGGCGCAAGGAGUUGAUGCAUGGCGGUUUCUGCUGGGCAUUGACGUGGAGAACUUCGAGGCUGGGCAUGAUGUGGUUGCGGCGGGACGCCCGCUGCUACCGGACUUCUCGAGCGCCAUGAUUCGUGAAACGGUGGCGCAGUACGAUGCGCACGACCGGGCGGUGAUGACGGUGGCGUUCAUGCGGUUCCUCAGAAUGCUGAUGGCUGAAGUCAUGGUUGCCUUCGAACGAGGCUUGCAAGUCGGGGCUGCGAGUGAUCGCAACGAAGUCCUGGUGGAUGUUCUGCUGGAGGAUGAGGCCAGUGGAGAUGAGACUGGCCUCAUGCAGCUCGGCAAGCCGGUACAGACUGAGGACGCUGACGAGGUCAACCUGAUGCAGAGGGAGAUGGCGAACCGAGCGGAGAGAUGGAGUCGAGCCUUGAUUCGUCUGCAGAAGGAGUUGAUAUCUCAGACGCCGGCCAAGCAGCGCAGUCACGUGCACCAGUUGCGCGCCAGGCUGUUCAACAGAGUGGACGUCAACAACUGGAGCGAAGAGGAGGACCAGCUUUUCGCACUCCUCACUGCCAUGGACCUGGAGCGGCCGGUGCACCCCGUCGAGCAGGACGAAGAGUGGCUACAAGCCUGGGGGCAGGAGCUCGAGGCGUUCCUCCCGGGCAUGGCGACGGCCAUCCACAUGGGGCCAGGCCCUAUCUCGGUCGAAGGUCACCGGGGACUGACGGAGGAGGAGAUUAACGCCAUGGCUAGGGAUGAAGAGGAAGUCCGAAGGGAAGCCGAGAUGGAGGCGAGAGCCAGGCAGAAGGAGCGAGAGAUGAUCGAGGACGAGGAGAUCCGCAUGCUACAACGCCAGGCGGCCCUGUUCCAAGCCUGGGAAGACUGGGGGCUGCAUGAGGAGUCCAUGCGGGCGAGCCAACGAAGCCGGACGGUGCACACCAAACGCCGGUGUGUCGUCGAUCUGGAAGUGCAGGGAGAAGAGGCUACUGGCUCCCAAGACAGACCUCGCACAUGGCGCAGGGUCAUGACGGUGCCGGAGCAGGGAGCCCUUACCCUGAAACUUCGGGCUGUGAUGGUGGACGAAGUCUCCGAGAGCGACAUGGCAACGGUCAUCGUGGACCCGCCGGCUGUGGAUGAUGGACGGGAGCCGCGUCAGUCAGCGGACGAGCCCCAGGAGGGGCCGCAUGUGGUGGACAACCGCGGAACGGAAGGCCAGGAGCACAUGGAUAUGGACUAUGCGCAGUUCUCGCGCCUCUAUGGGCAGUGGGAGAUGGGCCAGCUGUCGAGCGAGGCGGUCAGGUUGCAGUACGGCCCGGACGUUUUGGAGUUGAUGGAGGCCCAGUACGCAGCUGUGCGGGACCCUGGUGGUGACACAAUGGACAACCUGGGGGUGACAGUGCUCCGGGACGAAGCAACACGCCGUGAAGAUGAUGUUGGUGGAGGGUCGCGUGGGACCCAGAUGAAUCCGGAUGUGGACG